AUGGCUGAUCUUGCUAACUUGAACAAAUCUCUUGCCACUCAGGCUUACGUCGAAGGAUUCGUUCCUUCCGGCGCUGACACCAAGGAAUUCGACAAGAUCACUUCUGCCCCUGAUGCCAAGAAGUUCCCUCAUGUUGCUCGUUGGUUCAACCAUAUCUCCAGCUUCGACAAGAAGGAGCGCCAAGACUGGGCUUCCGCUGGCGGAUCUGCCCAAGAGGCUGAUGACGAUAUUGACCUCUUCGGAUCUGAUGACGAAGAUGAUGCUGAGAAGCAAAAGAUUGUUGCCGAACGCCUGAAGGCUUACAAUGAGAAGAAGUCUGCUAAGCCCGGACCAAUUGCCAAGUCCUCCGUUAUCCUUGACGUUAAGCCAUGGGAUGAUGAGACCGAUCUUGCCAAGAUGGAAGAAAAUGUCAGAUCUAUCACCAUGGACGGACUCGUCUGGGGAGGUGGAAAGCUCAUCCCAAUUGGAUACGGAAUCAAGAAAUUCCAAAUCAUCUGCAUCAUCGAAGAUCUUAAGGUUUCCGUUGAUGACCUGAUUGAGAAGAUCACUGGUGACUUCGAAGACUUCGUCCAAUCUGUCGAUAUCGUUGCCUUCAACAAGAUCUAA